AUGAGCAAAGAUUGGGACUGGUUUAUUAAUCUCAGUGCUUCAGAUUACCCUCUUGUGACUCAAGAUGAUCUUCUAUAUACUUUCUUGGAGGUAGAUAGAAAUCUUAACUUCAUUGAGCACACAAGUCGGUUACGAUGGAAGGAGAAAAAACGAGCGAUGCCUUUGAUUGUUGAUCCAGGGCUUUACCAGUCAAACAAAUCUGAAGUAUUUUGGGUCACUCCUAAUAGAAAUUUGCCAACAUCAUUUAGACUAUUCACUGUUGGGAAAAUGUGUGAAUCAGUCAUGGCUCCUCGGGUCAAGGGUAAAGGUGUCAAGGGUCAUAGAAGUUCUUGCACCACUGCCGCAGCCGCUAUUUCAACCACCUCCACCUCUUCUAGGACUUCGGUUGUGCCAGAUUUUCAGUCAGGAUCACUUAGCCAGCAACCGUAUUUGAUGGUACCUAAUCCAGGCUACACGGGUCUUCCUCCACCAAGUUGGCCUACUCCAAGAUGUAUGGGUCCCCCUCCUCCACCCCCUCCUCCAAUUUCGAUUCCUCCUCCGCUUCGCAAUUCCAAUCUAUUAGUUGAUUCAGAGACACCUGGAAGCUCUAGUACAUCUCCUCCAUCAGAGACUGCAUCGGUUCCUAAUAGUGUCACAAAAGAAAGAUUGGUUCCCGAUGGAAAAACAAGUUGGUUACCUUUCCCUCCUGGUUCUCAGAAGAUUACAGAGAUCAUCAAGAAACAAUAUGAUAAACCGUACAAAAAUUUUGGAGAUGUCCCUCUUCCGACAAAGAAGCUUUGGUUUAAGGAGUGGAUGAGCCACUUUCUUAUUGAUGAUGACGAUGAUGAGUUUUUCUGGAGGGCUUUCAAGUAUAGGACAAGUAAGCGAUUUAGCCAAAUGAUGUCAGAUAUCCGUGAGGGUGUGGAUACAACCCACGAAUGGCUAAUUCCUGCUUACAAAAAGGUGUUGGAAAGGUAUUGGGAAACAGAUGAGAAAUGGAAAAAUAUAAGGAAAAAAGCAAGAGAGAAUCGAGCGUCACUCUUAGGUGGUUCUGUCCAUUGCGGUGGUUCUAUUCCAUUGAGCUCAACUAUAGAGAGGAUGAAGAAGCAGUUGGGUCGUACACCAACCCACGAGGAGGUCUUCAAAGAAACCCACACACUUAAAAGUGACAAGUCUAAAUGGGUGGACAAGCGCUCUCAAGACACUCAUAAAGCAUGUGAAGCAUGCAUUAUUCUCUUGGAAUAUGGUAAGCUUGUCCCAUCUCUGCCUAACAUGUGA